AUGACCUCAGGUGGACAUUGUGAACGCUUCCGGCUGUUCAUCUACCAUGAGGUGGAUGGGCCCCGAGAGAUGAGGGGCGCAUCCGUGAAGAUAGAAGGUACAAUCCCUGAAGUGGAAAGAGCUUCCUUGGAGCAAGGAACAGGCAGUGAAGAGACGCUGUUGAGCCGCCAUCUUUUCGGUGUGGAAGCAGCUGCUGCCCCUCCAGUCCAGUGUCCUUUUCCCUUUGAGGAGGUGUCCGUCUCUUUCACUGAGGCAGAGUGGGCCCUGCUGGAUACAGCACAAAGAGAUCUGUACAGGGAAGUCAUGCUGGAGAGCUAUGGGAACGUGGGCUUUCUGGUGACCGUGCUUCUGGAUCUUGUAUGUCAGAACAGGAUCUCGGGAAGAGACACGGUUCGAAAACUUCAGGAAAAAACCAGAGGAACAAGGAAGACUUUGGUGGAGAAAAACGACGACCUCACAUCCAAAGAAAGGCUGGGGAGUUCUUCAAGAGGAUCCCGAGAACAUAUUUCCUUCCGAAAUGAGCUGGUUGAGACAGAGGACGAUGAGGGAAAUGAGGAGGAUGAAGUAUUUAAUGAGCAAAUGCCAGAUCAAGUUAAAAAAGAAGACCUGAAAGAAAAUAUCAGUAAUCAAGGCCGAUCUAAGAUAAAGAAAAGCAGUGCUAUGGUUGAGAAACAUGAUGGAAGACAGCAUACUGUACAUUUCCCAGAUCACAGGAUAAUGAAAGCAAGUAAAUCUAUUCAGUGUGGAAACUACUUCAGAAAUAGAUCUGAACUCCUCGUGCACCAAAGAACACACAGAGGUGCAAAACCUUUUGCAUGCUCAUGGUGCAGAAAGAGAUUCAGUAGAAGUAGGGAUCUUCAGUGGCACCAGAGAACCCAGGCAGAGUGUAGAAAGAAAUUCAGUGAGAGUGGCCAUUUUCCAAGAACCCACAUAGGGGGGAAACCAUUUGAAUGCUCGGAGUGUGGAAAGGCCUUCAGUAGCAGUGGCAGUCUUCAAGUGCAUCAAAGAACACACACAGGGGAGAAGCCUUUUCAGUGCUCAGAGUGUGGAAAGGCAUUCAGAAAGAGUAGCCAUCUUCAGCGGCAUCAGAGAACACACACAGGGGAGAAACCUUUUGAAUGCUCUGAGUGUGGAAAGAGAUUUAACCGGAGAAGCCAUCUUCAAGUACAUCAAAGAACCCACACAGGGGAGAAACCUUUUGAAUGCUCCGAAUGUGGAAAGACAUUCAGUAACACUGGCCAACUUCAGCAGCAUCAGAGAACUCACACAGGAGAGAAACCUUUUGAAUGCUCCGAAUGUGGGAAGACAUUCAGUAACCGUGGCCAUCGUCAGCAGCACCAGAGAACCCACACAGGGGAGAAAGCUUUUAACUGCUCACAGUGUGGAAAGAGAUUCACUGAGAGUGGCAGUCUUCGGCGGCAUCAAAGAAUCCACACAGGGGAGAAACCUUUUUACUGCUCAGAGUGUGGAAAGAGAUUCACUGAGAGUGGCAGUCUUCAGCAGCAUCAAAGAACCCACACAGGAGAGAAACCUUUUGAAUGCUCAGUGUGUGGAAAGAAAUUCACUGCUAGUAGCAGUCUUCAGCGGCAUCAAAGAACCCACACAGGAGAGAAACCUUUUGAAUGCUCACAGUGUGGAAAGAAAUUCACUGCUAGUAGCAGUCUUCAGCGGCAUCAGAGAACCCACACAGGAGAGAAAUGUUUUGAAUGUUCAGAAUGUGGAAAAAGAUUUAGUCAAAAUGGCCAUCUUCAAGUGCAUCGAAGAACCCAUGCAGGGGAGAAACCUUUUGACUGCUCAGAGUGUGGAAAGAAAUUCACUGAGAGUGGCCAACUGCAGCGACAUCAAAGAACCCACACAGGGGAAAAACCUUUUGAAUGCUUAGAGUGUGGAAAGAAAUUCACUGGUAGUGGCUGUCUUCAGCAGCAUCAUAGAACCCACACAGGAGAGAAGGCUUUUGAAUGUUCAGAGUGUGGAAAGAGAUUUAGUCAAAGUAGCCAUCUUCAAGUGCAUCGAAGAACCCACACAGGAGAGAAACCUUUUGACUGCUCAGACUGUGGAAAGAAAUUCACUGCAAGUGGCCAUCUUCAGCGGCAUCAGAGAAGCCACACAGGGGAAAAACCUUUUGAAUGCUCAGAGUGUGGAAAGAAAUUCAUUGAGAGUGGUCAUCUUCAGCAGCAUCAAAGAACCCACACAGGGGAAAAACCUUUUUACUGCUCAGAAUGUGGAAAGAGAUUCACUGAGAGUGGCAGUCUUCAGUACCAUCAAAGAACCCACACAGGGGAGAAACCUUUUGAGUGCUCAGAGUGCGGAAAUAAAUUUGCUAAGAGUGGCAGUCUUCAGCGGCAUCAGAGAACCCACACAGGGGAGAAACCUUUUGAAUGCUCUGAGUGUGGAAAGAGAUUUAGCCAGAGAAGCCAUCUUCAAGUGCAUCAAAGGACCCACACAGGAGAGAAACCUUUUGACUGCUCAGAGUGUGGGAAGAAAUUCAGUGAGAGUUGCCAUCUUCAGCGGCAUCGAAGAACUCACACAGGGGAGAAACGUUUUGAAUGCUCAGAGUGUGGAAAGAGAUUCAGUCAGAGUGGCCAUCUUCAGCUGCACGAAAGAAGCCACACAGGAGAGAAGGCUUUUGAAUGUUCAGAGUGUGGAAAGAGAUUCAGUAGGAGUGGCAAUCUUCAAGUGCAUCAAAGAGCCCACACAAGAGAGAAACCUUUUGAAUGCUCAGAAUAGGAGUGGCCAAACAGUGAUUCAGGAGCCGUAUGUGACUCUUUCAAACAUUGUGUGGCUGUCGAAGACCCCUUUGCCCCAUCAGCUGGCUUGGAAGAGCGGCUUACAAUCUCCUUUCCUUCUUCUCCCCACAACAGAUACCCCUUAAGGUAGUUGGGCCUGAGAGAGCUCCAACAGAACAGCUGUGAGAGAGUUAUGACUGACUCAAGGUCACCCAGCAGCUGCAGGUAAAGAAGUGGGACAUCGAACCCAGUUCUCCAGAUUAUAGUCUUCUGCUCUUAUUCCGUACACCAAACUGCCUCUCUCUAUAUUUGUGAUAAUAAAGAUCUACAGGGACACAAGACAUGUACCUUAACCAGGCUCUUUCUGUCUUCUGUCUAAAAUAUACAAGCCCAGGAACCCAGGAUCUCCUACUGGCUCAGGCAUAGGAACCAUUGCUGUUGGGGUGUCUUAACACAUAGCUCCAUUCUUAGAGCUUUUGCUAACAUGUGUCAAGGAUUCUGCUUGCUGUGAGCACUUCCAUAUUGGUCCAGACUAUUGUAAAACUGUGCUGUCUUGCUGCUAGAAAUAGAAAGCUAGCUAAUCACAUAUGUGAAAUUUACAAGUAACCUUUUCUCACCCUGAGGUAUGUGGUACACUUUGGUAUCCAGGUUAGCUCCUUUUUGGUUGCAACUUGCUCUAACUUGAAUAUGUACUAAGGGGGGUGGGUGGGAAAGGGGGAUGUUUCAUUGGUAGAAAAAAAGGCGUUUUUUUGCUCAAAUGAGUAAAGUUCUGGGCCAGCUAAUAUAUCUUACUGUCUGUACCUGUAACCCCAGUUCUACCAAGAUGAAGUCUUGCUCUGUGACGUCUCCAUUCAGUGAAUAAAACUUUCUAUGAUUU